AUUACUACAACAUGACUUACCGUGAGACUGGGUUGGAGCAAAAUGUGCCACUUUUGGUUGUGUCCUUUAUAAUGCAAAAUGUUGAAUAAUGCAGAUUAAGGGACAGUAUUGUUUUAAUAAAAUCCCCUUUUGACAUCACAAUAGGGAGCUAAAAUUCAAUUACCUAUUAACAUGCUUGUAGAGAAUGGUUUACCAAAACAAAGGGGUUGAUCUUUAUCACAUUUUCUAUGUUGAUAGAAGCACUAGGGAUCCAAUUAUAGCACUUAAACAUGGAAAAAGUCAGAUUUUCAUGAUAUAUCCCCUUUAAUGAGGAUUGUUGUCAAGAUAUGUCACUAACAUUGUGUAGUUACUGAUGUCUGCCUCUAGAUGUCAGGUUAGUUAUAGUAGAAUUUGUAAAGGUGUAAAGUGAACUGUUCGAUUAUUAAUGAGUUUCUGUAUUUGAAAAUAAUAAAGCAUUAAGAUAUUUAUUGACAAAUCUGUCCUUUAACUUGUGUCUUUAUCAUGUGUUUUAUCAAUUUCGUACAUGUCCAAGGGGUGUUUAGUUAAAAAUUUGUAGGUGGCGCUAUAGAGCCAUUUUCCAUAUAUAUUGCAUGUGAAAUUAGAAAGUCUCGCUCUGAAGAUCUCCUUUAGCGUUUGUUUCCGGGAAGAAGCAGACAGGAGGAAGUAUGGAGAUACCGGACGUGUCAGAUAAACUUCUCUGCUGCAAACAAUAAAACAACUGAACACAGAAGACGACGAUAAAGCAAGAAUGUUUGGUCUUUUCUCUCUAAUCCGUCUGCUUGUGAUCCCAGCAAUAUGUGGCCAAAAAUGGACAGUGAACUACUUCAACAGAGUAAACUGCGCCCUGAAGGGCUCAACCACAUUUCUGUCGGGCAAUUUCACAUAUCCUGAUGGUCUAACUAUAACCAAGAUAUUUUGGACCACAGAUCCAAUAAAAUGCGAUGAGAAGGCGCCCGAUCUGUCUAAAGUACCAGAAUAUAAAGACAGAGUUAAGUACAUUAUGGGUGAAAAACAAAACUUUCUCAAACUGAGUAAUGUAACAGAUCAGGAUGGACAUAGGUACUGCAUGAAAAUCUUGACAAAUUUAAAAAAAGAAAAAUAUUUGGGUCGUCCUGGAAUUAAGCUAAAAGUGACAGAGCUCAGGGUUGAGGUUCCUGAAGAGGUUGUUGAGGGAAAUUCUGCAGUUUUAUUUUGUAAAAGCACAUGCCUCCUUGCAAGCAACACAAACUUUACCUGGUAUAAAAACAAAAGUCCUUUAUCAGAAUCAUUCAGUAGUAAUAAACUGAAACUGCAGUCUGUGAGCAGAGAUGAUGAAGGAAACUACAGCUGUGCUGUGAGAGGAGAUGAAGAUCUGAAAUCUCCAGAUGUCACACUGAUGAUUCUUACAGAGAGCCCGUGUGUGGGUAAGGUUACAUUGGGAGUGACAUUGGCUGUCAUCAUCACAUCUGUAUCUAUGAUGCUGUUGGUUGUACUGGUACAUGUAUGGAUUUUUAUGAGAAGGAAAAGAGCGACAUCAGAAGUUCAAAACAACACAAAUCUACAGCACCAUAAAACGAUGGAGUCUUCUGAAAUGCCUUACAUGACCCUUGACCCCAAGACCACGAAUGCUGAUUAUGACACACUGGAUAAUGUGAGGAAAUCCACUGAUAACAGACAACCUUGAAAGCACACAGUUCUGCCAUCAAAACAGCUGGAGUGAACAGAAGAUACAAUGACAUUAAACACUGGGGGCUCUAUCUUACACCCGGCGCAAUGCAGCGCAAUGCGCGACGCAAGUGUCUUUCGCUAGUUUCCACCCUAAUUUUCACGUUUAGCGCCGCGUUGUUUAAAUAGCAAUUGCAUUUGCGCCCCCUUUUGCGCCCAUGGGCGUUCUGGUCUGAAAACGAGGUGUGUUCAGGCGCAUUGUUGGCGCGUUGCUAUUUUGAGGCAACUAAAAUAGACUACGCCAUUGACCAACAAAAACCUGCUCUAAAGUAUAAAGUCAAUGGCGCAAUGUGUUUUAUGUUAUUUAAAGAGCGCAUUAGUAAAAUGCGCCUAAACACGGGAGGACAACGCGGGUUUGCUUAUCACAAGGUACAUAAUGCGCAGCAGCACAAAAAUGCUUUUAAAUAUGAAAGAUUAAAGGAUUGAAUGUAAAAGAUUAUUAUUGAAUCUCUUGGACAUAAAUGAGGACAGAUUAUGAGACGUUAGAAGGCGCAAAGAGCUGCUUCACCUGCAGCCUGCUAAGUAAAUAAAUGCUUUGCUUUAAACAAAUGCGUCUGUUUUUAAAUGUUUUUUUUUAAUGCUACCUCACGGAUUUAUUGUCUAUGAUGACUCUGUACCUGUGGAUAUGGUGAGAUGAGAAACAUUUUUAAGUAAUGCUUAAAAAAACUCUUUGCUAAAAAAAAACGCUGUCCAAAGUGCUGAAACGUGAGGAGAGCCGUUUGUAAAUUCUUUAUCUCCUGUUUAUUACAAAUAAAGUAUUUUUAGAGUACAAACCUUAUCUUACAUGCUUGUAAAUAAUUUUUUGAUGAUAUUGGAUAGCCAUACAUUAAAAGCAAUUACAAGCCUGCUUUUUACUUCCAUGACUAAAAGAAAACGGGUUUUAAAGGUUUUGAUAAAAAAAUAACAAUUUCAAUACAAGUGAAAAACAACACAAUUAUUUAACAUUAAUCUUAAACUGGGGAUCUUCUUCCUCCGCUUAUUUUUUCAGUUUACAAAGUCCGUCAUCUACAUAGGGAUUAGACAUAACGCCAGCGCAACUAGCUUUUAAAGGGGAUGAGAGCAGAGACUCUCAUUGGUUUAUUGCACGUUACGCCCAAAAUACUCCCAUUACAAUAGGACCUACCCUUUUCGACCAUGCGCUCGGCGCAAAAUCCAUUUUUCCCGUCGUUAAAUUAGCAAAAGUGGAUUCGGACACGCCCAUUUAGAUGUUGCGCUGUGC